GACUCGUGUUAGUGUUUCCCCUUGAAAAGCAGUUGAAAGAAGUAGCGACGCAGAAGUCGGUGGUGUGAAUUUGUUAAAAUGGCCACGUCCGAUUCCAAAGCACCUUUAAGAACAGUAAAAAGAGUGCAAUUUGGCAUUCUUUCUCCAGAUGAAAUACGUCGUAUGUCAGUUACAGAUGGAGGCAUACGCUUUCCAGAAACUAUGGAAGGAGGUCGACCGAAGCUCGGUGGCCUUAUGGAUCCAAGACAAGGGGUAAUUGAUAGAAAUUCUCGAUGUCAAACAUGUGCUGGUAAUAUGACAGAGUGUCCAGGUCAUUUUGGACAUAUAGAUUUGGCCAAACCUGUUUUUCAUGUUGGAUUUAUUACAAAGACAAUAAAAAUCCUUAGAUGUGUAUGUUUUUAUUGUUCAAAACUGUUAGUCAGUCCACACAAUCCAAAAAUCAAAGAAAUAGUUAUGAAGACAAAAGGUCAACCACGUAAACGUCUUACAUUUGUAUAUGAUUUGUGCAAAAGUAAAAAUAUCUGCGAAGGAGGAGAUGAAAUGGAUAUCAAUAAAGAAAAUUCUGAACAACAACCUACAGAUAGAAAACCAGGUCAUGGAGGUUGUGGUAGGUACCAGCCAAAUUUGAGAAGGUCUGGAUUAGAUGUUACUGCAGAAUGGAAACAUGUAAAUGAAGAUUCUCAAGAGAAGAAAAUAGUUUUAACUGCUGAAAGGGCGUGGGAAAUUUUGAAACACAUCACUGAUGAAGAAUCAUUUAUUCUUGGUAUGGAUCCUAAAUUUGCAAGACCGGACUGGAUGGUAGUUACAGUGUUACCAGUUCCACCAUUGUCAGUAAGACCAGCAGUUAUCAUGUAUGGUUCAGCUAAAAAUCAAGAUGAUUUGACACAUAAAUUAGCAGAUAUAAUCAAAUCAAAUAAUGAAUUAUUAAGAAAUGAACAAGCUGGUGCAGCGGCUCAUGUUAUAUCAGAAAAUAUAAAAAUGUUACAAUUUCAUGUAGCAACAUUAGUAGAUAAUGACAUGCCUGGUAUGCCAAGAGCAAUGCAAAAAUCUGGAAAGCCAUUGAAGGCUAUAAAAGCAAGGCUAAAAGGAAAAGAGGGAAGAAUACGAGGCAACUUGAUGGGCAAGCGUGUAGAUUUUUCAGCACGUACUGUCAUUACACCAGAUCCAAAUUUAAGAAUCGAUCAAGUAGGCGUUCCUCGUAGCAUUGCUCAAAAUUUAACAUUUCCAGAAAUUGUAACGCCUUUCAAUAUCGACAAGAUGCAGGAGUUAGUAAGACGUGGCAAUUCGCAGUAUCCUGGUGCGAAGUAUAUAGUCAGAGAUAAUGGAGAACGUAUAGAUUUAAGAUUUCAUCCAAAACCUUCUGAUCUUCAUCUACAAUGUGGAUAUAGAGUAGAAAGACAUAUCAGAGAUGGAGAUUUGGUUAUUUUUAAUCGACAGCCAACUCUUCACAAAAUGAGUAUGAUGGGUCAUAGAGUUAAAGUUCUCCCAUGGAGUACUUUUCGUAUGAAUUUAAGCUGUACAUCACCCUAUAAUGCCGAUUUCGAUGGAGACGAAAUGAAUCUUCAUGUUCCACAAUCAAUGGAGACACGUGCGGAAGUAGAAAAUAUACAUGUUACUCCUCGUCAAAUUAUUACUCCUCAAGCAAAUAAACCAGUUAUGGGUAUUGUACAAGAUACUUUAACUGCUGUGAGGAAAAUGACAAAAAGAGACGUUUUUAUAGAAAAAGAACAAAUGAUGAAUAUUCUUAUGUUUUUACCUAGUUGGGAUGGCAAAAUGCCUCAACCAUGUAUAUUGAAACCAAAACCUCUUUGGACUGGGAAACAAAUUUUUUCCUUGAUCAUACCAGGAAAUGUAAAUAUGAUAAGAACACACAGCACACAUCCAGAUGAAGAAGAUGAUGGACCAUAUAAAUGGAUAUCGCCUGGUGAUACGAAAGUUAUGGUAGAACAUGGAGAAUUAGUUAUGGGUAUUCUUUGUAAGAAGACUUUAGGUACAUCAGCAGGAUCCUUACUUCAUAUUUGUAUGCUGGAAUUAGGCCAUGAAGUAUGUGGACGUUUUUAUGGAAAUAUUCAGACUGUGAUCAACAAUUGGUUAUUAUUAGAAGGUCAUUCAAUUGGUAUUGGUGAUACUAUUGCUGAUCCACAGACAUACUUAGAAAUCCAAAAAGCUAUCAAGAAAGCCAAAGAAGACGUGAUAGAAGUUAUUCAAAAAGCUCAUAAUAUGGAAUUAGAGCCUACACCUGGUAACACCUUGAGGCAAACAUUCGAAAAUCAAGUAAACAGAAUUUUGAAUGACGCCCGUGAUAAAACUGGUGGCUCUGCUAAAAAAUCUUUGACUGAAUAUAACAAUUUAAAAGCUAUGGUCGUAUCAGGUUCAAAAGGAUCAAAUAUUAAUAUUUCCCAAGUUAUUGCUUGUGUAGGACAACAAAACGUUGAAGGUAAAAGAAUACCUUUCGGUUUUCGUAAAAGAACUUUGCCGCAUUUUAUCAAGGACGAUUAUGGUCCUGAGUCUAGAGGAUUUGUUGAGAAUUCAUACUUAGCCGGUCUUACACCAUCCGAGUUCUAUUUCCAUGCUAUGGGCGGUCGUGAAGGUCUUAUUGAUACUGCUGUCAAAACUGCAGAAACAGGAUAUAUUCAGCGUCGUUUGAUCAAAGCUAUGGAGUCCGUAAUGGUUCAUUAUGAUGGAACUGUAAGAAAUUCUGUUGGGCAACUUAUUCAAUUACGUUAUGGUGAGGAUGGUUUAUGCGGUGAAACGGUCGAGUUUCAAAACUUACCUACUAUUAAACUCAGCAAUAAAGCAUUUGAAAAGAAGUUUAAAUUUGAUCCAACCAACGAACGAUAUCUGAGACGUAUAUUUAAUGAAGAUAUUGUCCGUGAAAUGAUGGGAUCGGGUGAAGUAAUUUCCGAAUUAGAAAGAGAAUGGGAACAACUUAAUAGAGAUAGAGCUGUUCUUCGUGAAAUUUUUCCUAGCGGAGAAUCCAAAGUUGUACUCCCAUGUAAUUUACAGAGAAUGAUUUGGAAUGUCCAAAAAAUUUUCCACAUCAAUAAAAGAGCUCCUACUGAUCUCAGUCCUAUGAGAGUCAUACAAGGUGUAAAAGAUCUUUUAGAGAAAUGUAUAAUUGUAGCUGGAGAUGAUAGAUUAAGUAAACAAGCUAAUGAAAAUGCAACAUUGUUAUUCCAAUGUUUAGUGAGAUCAACUCUAUGUACAAAAUGUGUAUCUGAAGAAUUCAGACUUUCCAGUGAAGCUUUUGAAUGGCUUAUUGGAGAAAUUGAAACUAGAUUCCAACAAGCACAAGUGUCACCAGGUGAAAUGGUAGGUGCAUUAGCUGCACAAUCUCUUGGUGAACCUGCAACACAGAUGACACUCAAUACUUUCCACUUCGCCGGUGUCUCGUCGAAGAACGUAACUCUUGGUGUACCCAGAUUGAAAGAAAUUAUUAACAUUAGCAAAAAACCAAAAGCACCUUCAUUGACAGUAUUUUUAACUGGUGCUGCUGCCAGGGAUGCUGAAAAAGCGAAAAAUGUUCUCUGUCGUCUUGAACAUACUACGUUACGAAAAGUAACUGCCAAUACCGCGAUUUAUUAUGAUCCUGAUCCACAAAAUACUGUUAUUGCUGAAGAUCAAGAGUUUGUCAAUGUAUACUACGAAAUGCCGGACUUCGAUCCAACAAAAAUAUCACCUUGGUUGUUACGUAUUGAAUUGGAUAGAAAAAGGAUGACGGAUAAAAAAUUGACCAUGGAACAGAUUGCAGAAAAAAUUAAUGCAGGUUUUGGAGAUGAUUUGAAUUGUAUAUUCAAUGAUGAUAAUGCAGAAAAAUUGGUCUUACGAAUUAGGAUUAUGAAUAGUGAUGACAAUAAAUUCCAAGAUACAGAAGAAGAAACUGUGGAUAAAAUGGAAGAUGAUAUGUUCCUUCGGUGUAUAGAAGCUAAUAUGCUUAGUGACAUGACUUUACAAGGUAUCGAAGCUAUUGGUAAAGUAUACAUGCAUUUACCGCAAACUGAUUCGAAAAAGCGAAUUGUUAUAACGGAGACAGGUGAAUUUAAAGCGAUAGCAGAAUGGUUACUUGAAACUGAUGGAACAAGUUUAAUGAAAGUGUUAAGUGAAAGAGACGUUGAUCCAGUUCGAACGUUCAGCAAUGACAUUUGCGAAAUAUUCCAAGUAUUAGGUAUAGAAGCUGUACGAAAGUCUGUCGAAAAAGAAAUGAAUGCUGUAUUACAAUUCUAUGGUCUUUAUGUAAAUUAUCGACAUCUCGCUUUACUUUGUGACGUUAUGACUGCUAAAGGUCAUUUAAUGGCUAUAACUCGUCAUGGAAUCAACAGACAGGAUACCGGAGCAUUAAUGAGAUGUUCUUUCGAAGAAACGGUCGACGUUCUAUUGGACGCUGCUUCGCAUGCUGAAGUUGAUCCUAUGAGAGGAGUGUCAGAAAAUAUUAUUAUGGGUCAACUGCCACGUAUAGGAACUGGUUGCUUCGAUUUACUACUCGAUGCAGAGAAAUGUAAAGCUGGAAUUGAAAUACCAAUGGCGGUAGGUGCUGGUGUAAUGGGAACUGCCGGUAUGUUCUUUGGUAGUGUUGCGACUCCGAGUAUGAGUCCUCAGAUGACACCGUGGAUGGGAGCUACUCCUGGUUAUGGUGCAUCGAGUAUGUCGCCCGCUUUGGGCAGCGGGAUGACACCAGGAGGUGCUUGUUUCUCACCAUCGGGAGCAUCCGAUGCUUCGGGAUUGUCUCCAGCAUAUUCCGCCUAUUCUCCACAACCAGGAAGUCCUGGAAGUCCAGGACCAAGUAUGAGUCCUUAUCCAAUGUCACCAGCCGGCGGUGCUUCGCCAAGUUACUCGCCUACGUCACCAGCUUAUUUGCCAACAUCACCCAGUAUGACACCGUCGAGUCCGAAUUAUUCACCCACCAGUCCAACAUAUUCGCCAACUAGUCCGAACUAUUCACCAACGUCACCAAGUUAUUCACCUACCAGCCCAAGUUAUUCACCAACAAGUCCAAGUUAUUCGCCGACUUCGCCGAGCUAUUCGCCAACAUCACCAAGUUAUUCACCAACAAGUCCAAGUUAUUCGCCAACUUCACCGAGCUAUUCACCAACGUCACCAAGUUAUUCACCUACCAGUCCAAGUUAUUCGCCGACUUCGCCGAGCUAUUCGCCAACAAGCCCAAGUUACUCCCCAACAAGUCCAAGUUAUUCUCCAACAAGUCCAAGUUACUCGCCGACAAGUCCAAGCUAUUCGCCAACAAGUCCCAGUUAUUCGCCAACCAGUCCAAGCUAUUCACCUAGUUCACCUAAUUACACACCAGCCUCACCGUCUUAUUCGCCUACCAGUCCAAGUUAUUCACCUAGUUCACCUCAAUAUUCACCGGCUAGUCCAAGUUAUUCUCCAAGUAGUCCAAAAUAUUCACCAACAAGUCCGAGUUACUCGCCUACUUCACCUUCCUUUGCUGGAACGUCACCACAAUAUACUCCAGCGAGUCCAACAUAUUCUCCUACAAGUCCAACUUAUUCGCCGACAAGUCCAUCGUAUUCUCCAAGUUCACCACAGCACACGGCUACUGGUAGUACAAGAUAUUCACCCAGCAGUCCGAAUUACUCGCCGACGAGUCCUACGUAUUCGCCAACGAGUCCUCAAUAUUCACCUUCGAGUACGAAAUAUUCGCCUACAAGUCCUACUUAUACUCCAACGAGUCCUAGUUAUUCGCCAACAAGUCCAACGUACUCGCCUCCGGUACCUGGUUACUCUCCUACGAGUCCAACUUAUUCACCGGCAUCACCCGCUUACGAAACGGACGAUUAAAGCGCAACCUAUCUUUAAUUUGUUAGCUUUAAAUAUUCAUUGUAAGAUAAGAAUGUGUAAGAUUACUUGUAAUUAUAACGUUCAUAUUGUUGCUCUUAAAUUUUUUUUUUUUUUUUUUUUUUUUUUUUUUUUUUUUUU